UCUGCGAGGUCAAGGGUGGCACCUACUAACCGUCAACCCAACCCAUCGACUAUAAAAAUAACAGGCAUGUAUCUUUCUGUAACCAAUGAACAUAAUGAAUGGAAAAAAUUGAAAGAUGGAACGCCGGUAAUUAAAAAUAAUGUAGAUCGACGAAUAGUUUUAGACAAUGGUGAUCCAAAUGACUAUUAUACAUUCGUGAAAGCCAUCACACUAGCCAAACAUAACACGAAUGAAAUCGUUCAGAAUAUUUAUUACAGGGAAGACGAACCUGCACGAAAAAACUUUGAUCAAGCUCAGCAAUGUAAAGAUCAAAAUCUUCCAAACUCAUAUUUUGCUGCCUGUUGGGUAUAUAAUAAUUGGACGAGCAAUCUUACUAAAAGCUUGGUUCCCGGCGAUUAUGAUGUGUGGGUGCAUGUGUACUAUUGUCCGGGAUACUGUGAAGUAAUGAUUGUAUAA